UUUUGUUCCCACGCUUUCUGGAAAUGCUUUUCUUUGGUUUUUGUCCGAGGUUUUUCGUCUUGUCUUGUACGAUGAUCUCAUAAUUCGGCUUACAGACAAAAGAAAAACCAGGGGGAAAAACCUUACCAUUGCCAUGGAAAACUGGCUUCCGAUUCGUUGAGGUUCUUUAAUUUAGGUAUGUAUGUAUAAUAUGUAUGUGUGUCCUGAUCGAUCAAGCUGAUACUUUUCUUUCUACUUUUGUCACUUUCCUACGAUGCCAUAAAAGAAAACAUAUCACUUCAUAACAUCCUCGUUGUCAGGAAAAUGAACCCCUUGUGUGCUUUUAAAUUACAUUGCAUCAAGAAUCUUUGCAGGGCCUCGUCCGAAGUUGAUGUUCUUAGGUGAGAUUGAUUCUUCGUUGAGGUUUUUAAGGUUCUGAUCCAUUUUCCCAAUCACCUGCAGAGCUAUUUCCAAUCUUACAACCUUAGACAAAUCUGACCAGCAAUGGACCCUGAAAAGCCUGACCAUAAACAGGAAGGGAAGAAUCCCAAAUCUUCCAAUCCGUCGUUGGAUUUGGACAUAGCUGAAAAAGAUCAUUCUUUCGAUAAAUCCAAAUCCAAUGAUGACCUGAUAUCUUCUCCAAAUACUUCUGCUCCAAUGAGCACUUCAUCUUCGACACCAUCGCCAAAUUCUGCUCAAGAAUCGAAGCCUGAUGGCUAUGAUCCAAAUCGGUUGCCGGAAUCCAUAUUUUCGACGGAUCCUAAUCGUGCUUCCGAAUGGAGCAUUGCGUCGACUGAAUCAUUGUUCAGCAUUCACAGCAGCUUCUCGGGAAAUAAAUCUUUUCUCAAGAAAGAUAAACCUGAUGAUUCAAAAAAGAAAGAUUCUGCAGAGACCAUAGACAAUCAAGAAUUGGUUCAUUCUAUAGAACCUCCUGUUUCCGAGAUCACAACCCCUUCGGCAACCAUUCCUCCGACUUCUGCCAGCAACGCGCGCCAGUCCGUUGAGAGUGAGACCAGCACAAGCUCCUUCUCAUUCCCAGUAUUGGUGAAUGAUUGUGGCAAGAAUGGGUUGAUAGAUUGGGCCCCCGGGAAGCCGGAGCCGAUGCACAAACAAGUUCCCGAUCAUGCUGAAGCUCCUAAAGCUUCUAAAAGACGACGGCUUUGUUGUUUCCCCUGUUGGCGCUGCUGCUACUGCUGCUGCUAAUAUGAACGAUAUAUAAUCUCAGCUUGUCUUUUGCGUGGCGCGUGCCGGUGCUAUUGGUUCCAUCUUAGGACAUAUUAUCCUACAAUUUAGCUCUCAAAACAUACAUUUUUUGAACUUAUUUUUUCUGGCAAAUAACAGUAUGCAUGUUCUUGGUUA